AUGGAUCCUGGGCAGAUCUUAAAACACAAAAGCAGGCCCCCCCCUCGCGACCCGGAAGUGGUGAAGAUCCAGGCCUGGUGGCGGGGCGUCCUGGUGCGCCGGUCGCUGCUGUUCGCCGCCCUCGGGGCGCUGACCAUCCAGCGCUGGUGGAAGUGCCGGCCCUGCGGCUCGCGGGGCUUCAUUAAGGGCCACUACCGCGUCUCGGCCAACCAGCUGCACCUGGAGCUGGAGAUCGUGCUGGGCUCGGAGCCCUGCAUCGUGUCGGAGUGUAUCCCCCUCCCAGUAAAGCAGUGA